AUGGCUGAUCUCGCCUCCGUUGAACAGUGGAUCAUUGAUACUGAAGUCAAACUCCGCACUCCCAUUGUCAACCUCGCCUCCUCCCAACCCUCCUCCUCCUCCCUCAACGCUACCCAGCCCCGCAAGCAGAGCAAGAACAACGGCAAAGGAGGAGGUGGGGGCAAGGGAGGUGGCGGUCAAGGAAGCAGCAGCGCAAGCAGCCGUGGUGGCACCACAGGGGAUGAGCAGGGCACCACCAAUUCAGGCGGAGCCUCUGCGAGCCGCGGGAAUCCAGCAGCAUCUCUUGCAGCAGCAGCAGCAGCAGCAGCAACAGCAGCAGCAGCAGCAGCAGCAGCAGCAGCAGCAGCAGCAGCAACUGCAACAGCUGUUUCAGCAGCAGCCACAGCAGCCGCACCCGCAGCAGCACCCAUGGGGAACUGGACUCCAGCCCCAGUGGGGACCCAACCCUCCUCCUUGGCAGCAGCAACAACUGAAUUUUGGCACAGCAGCCAUAGCCGCUCAGGCCUCACCGGCCCCCCUUUGGGGUACUCCACCUCCCCUUAG